AUGAAGACUGCUGUUCUUUUGUUUACUGUGGUCCUCAUAGGUAAGAAUAAUCCAAAAUGACUUAUUUAACUAUUAGGUAAAUCCAUUGCAAUAUCUAUCACAUUCUUAUAUAGAUUCAAAUCAAGUAGCUGACCAGCUCGCACAUGCGGUUUGGUUCUGGGUGCAGUUUCUGUUCAAUAUAAUUUUGGCAUCUUAAUAUAAAUGCCCUUAAAUAGUUUAGUGGAAAAUAUCAGCAUAAAAUGUUUUCCUCCUUAGUCAAUAUAUCUGUUGUCCAUCCCAUCUCUAGCUGUGUUGUCAGAGUGUGAGAUGGUCAAGUUUGGUCAGCUGUGCAGCGGCAACUCCAGUAACAGGAGGAGGACAGGGGACAGAUGGGGACAAGGACAAUACGGGGCACGCAGGUAUGGCAAGUGUGUGUGUGUCUGUAUGUAUUUGUGGCAUGUAUUUUGAUGUAUCAGUUUGGUUUUGUUUUAUUUUACUGUCCGCAAUUUACCUCAUACUUUAGUUGGUGAGAUGUUAACCACAUUCCAUGAUAAUUAUUUAAAUCUUAGAACCCUUUAAUACAAUAUAAUAUAACUUUGAUCUGAGACCAUGCUCUUACUGUAUACAGUACAAUACUUUACGACAGAAAAGGAUGAAAACAUACCAUAGUGUUGUGAUUGAGAGACUCUGAAUGAAUCCCCCAGCAUUAAUUAACCCUUUCCUAUCUCUAUGUCCAGAGGAGACCGUGUGCAUCAGGGCCUGGACAUUGUGUGUAAUGAUGGGGCCACAGUGUACGCUCCAUUUGACGUGAAGCUCAACGGGAAAGUGAUCGUGUACACAGACCCGAAGAAGGCAGCCAUCAACGAUGGGAUCAACCUCAGUGGAGAGGGUCAGUGUCUAUCCUGAAUCAUGUUUUUAAAAUAACUGAGAUAAAUAGUUAAGUUAAUGCCAUGCUUGUAAAUAUGCACUGUAUCCCGAUGGGACUCCCUAAAAACCAACCACUUCAUACAAAGUGAUUUUGUAACAGGCUAGGAAAGCAUUUUCGCUAACCCUAACCCUAACCCUUUUCUUAACCUUAACUUAAUUCUCCUAACCUGCUACAUUAAUUAUCCUUACCUAUUGCGUAAGUUCUCCUAACCAGCUACGAAAAAGACACUUUUGGUCGUGGCUGUAUCGAAGUGCCGUGUUUUUAGGCUGUCCCGUAUCCCGAUAUUCUGACUCUGUUGUUUCACUGAGGUAUACUGGCAACUAAUAUGUCACAUGGCAGAAUGGAUAUUGGAAGAAUAUAUGGGAUAUCAUUGGGUAAUGGUUCAUUCAUAAACUAUUGAAUCGAUUGGCUAAUUGAUUGAUUGACUGACACUGUGGUUGUCUCUGUUUUCUAGGUCUGUGCUUUAAGCUGUUCUACGUGAAGCCUGACAAGUACUCUGGGGUGGUGAAGAAGGGCCAGAGGAUUGGGACCCUGCUGACAAUGCAGAGUGUCUACCCAGGGAUCACUUCUCACGUCCACGUCCAGAUGUGUGACAAGUCCAACCCCACCGAGUUCUUCUAA